AUGGCAGCCAGAAUCCAUCUGGACCGGCCACACGCCCAUUUCACCAAUCUCGAUGUCCUUACCGGCAGGGUUAUUCUCCAGCUGCACACAGAUACCUCGAUAAGCUCGAUCAAUGUGAAAUUGGAAGGGGAGAGUCGCACGCGCCUCUCGGGUCCGCGGCAUGAUGGUUCGGACAAGAAAAAGACGGAGCUCGAAGUCCACAAGAUAUUGUACAAAGUCACCACCGUCUUCCCGAGUCCGGAUGUCGCCCAGCACAGCUCCCCCCAUGCGGCGUUCACUCUGGCUCCAGGUACCUACGAAUAUCCGUUUCAGUUCAAAUUCCCGUUCAAUAACUCGUGCAGCAACCACAAUUCCAUGAUGACGAAUAUAAACAUGACGGGAUUGCGAGUCGAGGUCGCGAGGGAUACGGAUCGACACGUGAAGAAGACACUGCCUCCGUCGAUAAAGUCCUUUCCCGGAGAAGCAGAGAUUAGAUACUAUGUCAAAGCCACCGUCGUACGGCCCCAGUUCUAUAAGGAGAACAUUCGAGCGUUCGCCGACUUCAACUUUCUCCCAAUUGAACCCCCAAGGAGCGGUAAUCCCAAUGAGGAGAUGUACGCCCGACGUCAGCACGAAUUUUCGAGACCUGUCGCUUCUCAGAAAAAGAGGGGACUGUUCCAUAAAAGGUCGCUGCCUGCGUUGACCACGUCCAGAGAACCACCAGUACGGGUCUCCGUCGACGCCCGAUUACCAAAUCCUCCAAUCCUCACUUGCAACGCGCCGAUCCCACUUCGAAUCCUUGUGACGAAGCAAUCCAUGAGCCCCGAGCCGGUAUAUUUGCAGUUGCUGCAAAUUGAGCUCAUCGGUUACACGCACAUCCGUGCUCACGAUCUCGAGCGGGUAGAGACUCUGAGCACGCUGAUCCUCAGUCAGAGCAACAUGAACAUGCCUCUUGGGAAAGGCAAUGACCCUGUAGGGACGGAGUGGAAGAUAGAUGCUAGCUUGUGGAAUCGGAUACCCCUGCCUCCCAACAUCGCACCCUCCUUCGAGACAUGCAACAUCCGCAGGAGCUACGAAUUAGACGUGCGGGUUGGGCUGACCUACGGCGCACCCGGAGCGAUGCAGUCUCAGGUUAUCGUCUUACCUCUGAGACUGGGUGUGAAGGUCUACUCUGGAAUCGCUCCGCCAAGGGCGCUUCUGGAGGCCAUGGCCGCAGAGGGAAAGAUCCAGCGUGUCAGGCCUGAACCACCGCCUCGUCCAUCCGCUAAUGAAGAUGUGCCGCCUCCCAUGCCUGCAAGACCUACUCCUCCUCCCGCCCCAGCUCCCGCUCCCGAUCCCGCUCCUCCGGCUUCUAUCCCAGCAGUCCUUGCCCAGGAAGAUGAGCCGCCAGAUGAUGCACCACCGAGUUAUGAGGACGCCAUGGCAGAAGGGAUUGGUCCGAUAGAUGGCCCACGCCCAGAGUAUAACCCACCCAACACCUCUGCCGAUAGGGGACUCUCAGGACCCGUCACUGAUGCCAAAGCCCCAGUCGAUUCCACGAGGGAUGAAAAGGUCUAUUCCAACAACAGCCCUUUAUCGCGUGCUUCAUCCGAGUCUGUGGAUAUGCUCCCGACAACGCCGGGCUCGCGGCCAGAGUCUCUCGCCGACGAGAGUUGGAUCCAGGAGCCAGAAGCGACGACGACGAGCCAGCCGAGUUUUCCGCACAAGGGGAGUGAUCAUCUCAGUGAGCAGUCUCAGUACGGUGCCCCGCAGCAGCCGGGAUCUGCUCGAGCCGAUCAACGGAGUCCGCCAGGACGACCGGGGCUGAGUAUCCGCACGUUCAGUACGGGUGUCCCGAAUCGAAGACCGGUGCCAGGGAACCCGGGGAGCGGCGGAGCGUCUCAGUCAUGA